CUUUAAAAACAAACAUGUAACUGCAAAAAAAAAAAAGGAGCAAAAUGUAACAUUUGAUGUAUUUGGGUAAAGCUUAUUGGGGAGUUCCUUGAACUAAGUCUUCCAAGUUUUCUGUAAUUUAAAAUUAUAUCCAAAUAAAAAGUUACAAAAAAAUUGCACUUUAUUUCUGCCCUCCCUCAUUUUUUUGUUGUAAAAUACCCAUAAUAUAAACUUUACCAAUUUAAGCAUUUUAAAGGGUAUAAUUCAGCGGCGUUUAGGACUUUCACAACCUUAUGCAAAAAUGACAAUCUCCAGUUGCAGAACAUUUCACUACCCCGAAAGGAAACCCGCGCCCACUGGCAACCGCACCGCAGCCCCCGCCCCCGCGGGCUUGGUGCCUGUGGAUUUGCCUGUUCUGGGCAGUUCAUGUGAAGGAACCGCCGACCUUUGCGUCCUGCUAUUUCCCGCAUGCGGUGCAGGUUCACCCAGCGGCGUCCUGCGUCUCUCAUGGCACACGGAAGGCCCCCACUUUGUUGACCAGCUAGUUUUUAUUUCUCCAUUGCCCUUGUCGGGUCCUACCGCUCCACGCCCACAUCCCGGAGCCCGGCCCCGGGGCCCACCUCGCACGAGCAUGCGCAAGAGAGCGGAGCGGACGCGGGGCUCAGGGCGCACGCGCGGCAUCCCAGAAGUCUCCGGCAAGCCGCUGACCUGGAAGCGCUCGCGCGGCGCGUGCGUCGUUGAGCGGAGACGCCGACCCGGGUACCAUGGUGUUCCUCACCGCGCAGCUCUGGCUGCGGAGCCGCCUCACCGACCGCUAUUGGCGGGUCCAGGAGGUGCUGAAGCAUGCGCGGCACUUCCGGGGGAGGAAGAACCGGUGCUACAGGCUGGCCGUUAGAGCGGUGACGAGGGCGUUUGUGAAAUGCACGAAAGCCCGGAGACUGAAGAAGAGGAACAUGAGGACGCUCUGGAUUAAUCGAAUUACAGCUGCCUCCCAGGAACACGGCCUGAAGUACCCAGCAUUUGUCGUCAACCUAAUUAAGUGUCAGGUGGAGCUCAACAGGAAAGUGCUUGCCGACCUAGCCAUCUAUGAACCAAAGACUUUUAAAUCUUUGGCUGCUUUGGCCAAAAGGAGGCGACAAGAAGGAUUUGCUGCUGCCUUAGGGGACGGGAAGGAACCUGAAGGCAUAUUUUCCAGAGUGGCACAAUACCAUUGAGGGGGACCCUGACACCACCAGCUGAGUAUCUUAGGAAAAGGUUUUAUCCCCCUGGUGAUCAUAACUAAAACAGAGGCUAACAAUCAUUUGCCAAGAGUUCGUUGUGCUAAUUUACAUUUCAGUAACAGGUGUGAGAGAAAAGGCUGCUUUUCCCUGUGGUGGGACCGACUAGCAAUACCUCAUGUAGAUUGUGCAAAUAAAGCUUGUGUGGUGAUCAGCA